AUGGCUCCUAAAAAACGUCGACAACAAAAUAAUAAAGAAAAUACAGAUGAAAAUGUCAAAAAUCUAAAACUUGAUCCAAUAUCAAUACAAUCAAUUAUUAAUCAAAAUCUUGAACAAUUUGAAAAUGAUUUUAAUCAACACUAUAAACAAUAUGAAAAUAAAAUUCAAGAAAAAUUAGCUUUUGUUCAUAAGGAAUUCGAUAAAUAUAUGCAAACACAUGAAUCACAAACAAAAUUAGCUCGAUUACUUGAUCAACAAAUAACACGUAUCAAUCAACAACAACAAACAAGUGGUAUUAAAAUUUCACAAUGUCAAGAAUUACUUGAUAAAACAAGUGAUUUAAUGAAUGCUUCAUCAUCAGAUACAUCACGAACAAAAACAUAUCUUAUUGGAGAAUUACAAAUGUUACCAAUUGGUAAUGGUAAUAAAUGA